AUGUCGUCGCGCCUCUACUUGCGGCUACCCAACCUGCCGUCAUUCCACCAUGCCAUCACCUCGUUCCUCGGGUUCAUGGACCUCAAGAUUGGUGCUUCUAUCUUGACCUUGUUCGCACUCUUCAAUAAGACGGCCGGUGUCUAUGGCAUCCUUGCCGUCUUCCAGGGCGGCACAUUUGCUCAGGUGGCCUUGUACCUCUACUCGAUAGCAACCAUCGUCGUCUUCCUGUGGGGACUCAAGGGCAUUUCUGAUGAAGACGCUCAGCACGUGCUUACGUAUGCACACUUUUUCACGCUCGACCACAUGAUCUCGACAUUCUGGACGCUCCUAUUCACGUUCAACUGGUUCUACUUUACCCCGCACGACGGCCGUCCGACCACCAAUCAGUCGUCGCAUCAGACGGGCCUCAUGGACCUCAUCGAGUCUAUCGAGUCGCAGUACAGGACGCCCGAACAGAUGGCCAAACUGCAUCACGACCAGCUCACACCCGAGCAGCGCAAGAUCAGCGCACAACGCAUCUGGAAGGAGGAGAAGGACUUCUCGGCUGCCGUUCUGGGCCUCGGCUGGCUCAUUAAGAUCUACUUUGCCCUCGUGCUCUACUCGUAUGCGCUGCACCUUCGUCAUGGCACCUACCGCACCUUGCCGCUUUCCAAGGCUUCGGCCAACUCGGCUGCCUCGCGAUCUGGUAGUGGACGCUCCGAGUAUCGUUACCAUCCCGUAGUCGAAGAGGACGAGCUGGAGAGCUGGAGCGAUGACGGUGAAGCAGACGCCAAUGCUGGCCAGCAGACUAGCAGUAAAGUAGCCGACAACGGCAGUGGCUCAAUAUCGUCGACAGCAGCUGCUUCGGGUGAUCCUGCAUCCGGUGGAGCCAGAGCUGUCAUCGAUCGUUUGGCUGCAUAA